UAUUAGAUAAAGUUGAGUGUCUUAUUAAAAAACUAGCGAAAAAAAUAAGAUAAAAAUAUUGUAUAAAUAUAAAAUAAUAUUCUUUCCGUAUCUAUUUUAUUAUUGUCAAAAUAAGCAAAAUGUUGGUGCUUAUUUUAUUUAGUUUAUUAGCCGCCAGCUUGGCUGAUGACUAUGUCAUAAAUACAAAAAGGUUCCCGAAGGACUUUCAAUUUGGUACAGCUUCAGCAGCGUACCAAAUUGAAGGGGGAUGGGAUGCAGAUGGAAAAGGAGAAAAUAUUUGGGACAGAUCAGUUCACUUGUAUCCCGAAAAGAAUUCUUAUGCCACCGGAGAUAUCGCCUGUGAUUCAUAUCAUAAAUGGCAAGAGGAUGUCGAUCUUUUAGUAGGAAUGGGAGUCAACUCUUACAGGUUUUCAAUCGCUUGGUCUAGAGUGUUACCAACAGGUCUGGUCAACUCAUCGAACCCAGCUGGCAUUGCGUACUACAAGAACCUUAUAGCGGCAUUAAAGAAAAAUAACAUCGAACCACUCGUCACUAUGCACCAUUGGGAUUUACCAACUUACCUUGAAGAUUUAGGAGGUUUCACCAACUCGCAAAUUCAAGACUGGUUUGUAGACUAUGCCCGAUUCUUGUUUGAGAAUUUUGGAGAUGACGUCAAAAACUGGAUCACUUUUAAUGAACCGAAACAAACUUGUGAACACGGGUAUGGUACUGGAGCCUUGGCUCCAAAUAUAUAUAGUCCAGGUGUAAAGGAUUACCAAUGUGCUCAUAACCUCAUUAUCGCUCACGGAAAAGCAUACAGAAUGUAUGAGAAGGAAUUUAAGGCAAAGCAAAAUGGUAGGAUUACUAUGGUUAUUGAUAGCAAUUGGUUUGGACCCGGAUCUGAUAGUGAAGCAGAUAUUGAAGCUGCAGAAAGAGACAUGCUUUUCACAUAUGGUUGGUUUGGACAUCCCAUCAACUUCGGAGAUUAUCCGGAAAUUAUGAAAAUUCGAAUUGCUAACAGAUCUGCAUUGGAGGGUUUCGCUUCUUCACGACUGCCAAGUUUUAGUGAUGAAGAAAAACAGAUUAUUAAUGGCACUGCUGAUUUUAUGUGUGUUAAUAUAUACACUUCAUCUUUAGUAAAAGCCAUUCCAGAGCCAGAUAUUAUUCCAAAUGGCCCUGGUAGAGACUUGGACGUUGGAGUGCAGGAAUAUCAACCUGAUGAUUGGGAACCCACUGUUACAUCUUGGUUCAAGGUUGUUCCAUGGGGUGCAAGAAAAAUCGUAAAAUGGAUCAGCGAUACCUACAACCAUCCAGAAAUUAUGGUAACGGAAAAUGGGUACCACGACAAUGGAACUGUUAUUCAUGAUAUGGAUACCAGAGGACGCUACCAUAAAUUAUAUCUCAGUAACUUGUUGGAUGCUAUUUAUGAAGAUGGAGUCAAUCUGACUGGUUAUAUGGCCUGGGCUCUAACUGAUGAUUUUGAAUGGCAAUAUGGAUACAACAUUCAACUUGGAUUCUACCAAGUUAACUUUACUGAUCCAGAUAGGCCAAGAACGCCCAAGGAUUCUGCCUCAUAUUAUCGAAAAGUGGUUACAACCAGAUGCUUGGUAGAUGACGAUCAAUGUGUUGAUUAGAGAGUUUCUUAAUUUUUAAUAGUGUAAAUAAAUUGAACAUUAAUUUAAAAAACAUUA